AUGGAUUGUGCUGGCUAUGACAUUUAUCGGAGACCUCAGGACAAGAGGCAUCGGUACAUGGAUGAUAUGGCUUUAGUGCAGAAGUACGGGAAGCUGGACGUCUUCCUCAUAAUGACAUGCAACCCAAACUGGGAUGAGAUCACACACGAACUCUACCAUGGCCAGAUGCCCCAGGAUCAUUUGGAUCUCGUUGUGCAUGUUUUCAGGGCAAAGCUAGAGGAACUAAAAAGGCAGUUGCUUGAAAAGGACAUUCUUGGCAAGGUGAGGGCCUAUGUCUAUGUGCUGGAGUUCCAAAAGAGGGGCCUACCGCAUGCCCACUUCCUGCUCAUCAUGCAGGGGCGGUACAAGCUCACGUGUCCUGAGCAGUAUGAUUGUCUCAUCUCAGCCAAGCUCUCGGACAAACAUAAGUAUCCAGAGCUAUACAACAUGGUCAUCAAGCAUAUGAUGCAUGACCCUUGCAGUGUGCUAAACCGCAAUUGCCUGUUCACAAAGAAUCAUCUGUCAUGCAAGAAUCAUUAUCCACGUCCUUUCAACGCGACUACCUUACAGGGCAAGGGCUCCUACCCAGUGUAUAGGAGAUGUGAAGAUGGUUGA